UGAAAUAGAAGUGUUUUAGCUUGUAUGAGCAUUUUUCACUCUUGAAAAGAAAUGAGAUCGUGUUUCAUUUCAGGAAGAUCUAUGCUUCAGGUAUACCUAUCAGCAAUCUAGUCACAACUUUUUGGAUCAAGAACAGACAUUUUCAGAAAGGGAAAUUCCUAUACUCUGUUUUAAUAUUAUCAACGAGAUAUUUGGAGUAGAGUCAACCCUCUCAGUCACAUAAAAUAAAGAAUGGCAUAUUGUUGGAAAACAGAUGUAAAUCCCAGUGAAUCACAUGAAGAACAGCAUGAGCACCAAGAAUUACACUCAGCAAAUCAACCUCUUUUUGCUAGCCAAGUCAGUCUGGGUUUUGAUCAUCUAGUAGAUGAGAUCAGUAAUAAAAUCCCACUCUAUCAGAGUGAAAUUGAAGAAAACACCAUUUCUGUGCCCAGUCCACCAAAGUGGAACUCAAAAAAGCAUUCAUUAGAUGAAACACAGAGAAUAUCCUUGAACAAAAUCUCUUCUAAAAGCUCAGAACUCUCCUGUCACCAAGUUAAGGAAACAUCAGUAAUUGGUUUUAGGCAUUCUGUACUACCAAAUCCUCAGAACAUGAAUAAAGAAAGCUCUUGGGGAAACCCCAUAGGAAAAUGCCAUGGUGCUGAUGAUUACAGAUUCAAUAUUUUAGUUCCAUCACCCACUAGUUUGGAUAAAAUUAAUUCACAAAUAGAAUUACAAAAUGAACAUCAUAAAUAUCCUAUGGGAUUUGAAAACAGCAUUCAUUCUACAUAUCCAUCCUUCUCAACUGACUUCAUGCCAAGAGAAGAGAAUAAAAGGAGUGGAACUAUGAACAUUGUGGAAACCUCUACAAUGCUUUUUGAAUGUUCUUUUCUACCCACAAUAAGGGAAAGUACGUGGCCAAAGAACAUAGAGCUGAUAGGUUGUUCCAUUCAGCUAGUUGAAGUACCUCAAGGCAGUAAUAUGAGUCUGGCCUCCUUUUGUGACAAAGUGAAAAGAAUCAGAGAAACAUAUCAUGCCGCUGAUAUUAAUUCCAAUUCAGGGAAGAUCUGGAGCACUACUACAACAUUUCCAUAUCGACUCUUUUCUAAUACAAAGUUUAAUAUAAAUAUUUGUAUUGAUAACUCAACACAACUACUUCAUUUUAUGCCACAUGCUAAUUGUCUUGUCAAAGACUUAAUUGCUGAAAUGCUACAUUUUUGUACAAAUGAGCAGUUAUCUUCGAAAGAUUAUCUUCUAAGUAUAUGUGGCUAUGAAGAAUUUUUACAGAAUGAUUACUCUUUGGGGAGCCACAAAAUAUUUCAGAAAGACAAAUCUGUUAUUCAACUUAAUCUGCAGAAAAAUAGGAAAGGUCCAGGAAGGUUAUCUCGAAAGCAUGAAGAUGACCACAGUCAGUUUUAUCUGAACCAACUUCUAGAAUUUAUGCAUAUUUGGAAAAUAUCCAGACAGUGCCUCUCAACAGUAAUCAAAAAAUAUGACUCCCAUCUGAAAUACCUAUUCAGAACACAGAAAGAGGCAGAGGAGAAAAGUUUGUCACCAAUCUUCUCCAGUGUUCAAAAUACUUUUAAGCAAAAUGUGAAUAAGAUUAUUGAAGAAGUGAAAAAUAUAUGCAGUGUUCUGGGAUGUGUGGAGACCAAACAAAUUACAGAUGCUGUAAAUGAACUAAAUCGAAUUCUUCAAAGAAAAGCAGAGCAUUAUCAUCAAAAUUCAGAGACUUCAGAAAAAGGCUGUUUCAACAAAGGGCACAAUUUUAGAAGUACCGAAAGCUUAAUAGAAAAAGUGACAACCGAACUAUCCACAUCCAUCUACCAGCUAAUUGAUGUCUAUUGCAGCAGCUUUUAUGCAGAUUUCCAGCCUCUAAAUGCAUCUGAUAGUGUUUCCUUUGUAAAUCCUGGUCUCCAUUCCCACCUUAGCUUCACAGUGUAUGCAGCUCACAACAUUCCAGACACCUGGGUGCACAGCUAUAAAGCAUUUUCUUUUUCCUGUGGGCUUACAUAUGCUGGAAAGAAACUGUGCCAAGUGAGAAGCUACAGAAAUAUUCCAGUCAAAAAACUGUUUUUCUUCUUGGUCAACUGGAAUGAUACGAUCAAUUUUCCUCUUGAAUUAAAGUCACUUCCAAGGGAAUCCAUGCUCAUUAUAAAACUGUUUGGGAUUAUCUCUGCAACCAACAAUGCAGAAUUACUGGCCUGGACUUGUCUUCCACUGUUUCCAAAAGACAAAUCCAUUCUUGGGUCUAUGCUCUUCAGCAUAACAUCACAGAGUGAGCCUCCUAUUGAAAUGAUAGCUCCAGGAGUGUGGGAUAUAAGUCAGCUAUCCCCAGUGACCCUGCAGAUUGACUUUCCAGCUACUGAGUGGGAAUAUAUGAAAUUUGAUUCUGAAGAAAAUAGAAGUAAUCUUGAAGAGCCACCAAAAGAGUGUUUAAAACAUAUUGCCAGACUUUCACAGAAAAAGUCUCCGUUACUACUCUCUGAGGAAAAGAGAAGAUAUUUAUGGUUUUAUCGUUUCUACUGCAAUAAUGAAAACUGCUCCCUUCCUUUGGUCCUGGGUAGUGCCCCUGGAUGGGAUGAAAAAACUAUUUCAGAAAUGCAUACCAUUUUGAGAAGAUGGAAAUUUUCUCACCCUUUGGAGGCACUUGGACUUUUGACUUCCAGCUUUCCAGAUCAAGAAAUUCGUAAAGUGGCAGUUCAACAAUUAGAUAACCUCUUAAAUGAUGAACUUCUGGACUACCUCCCACAGCUAGUUCAGGCUGUCAAGUUUGAAUGGAACCUUGAAAGUCCUCUAGUGCAACUCCUAAUACACCGUUCAUUGCAAAGCAUCCAGAUUGCCCAUCGUCUUUACUGGUUGCUAAAGGAUGCACAGAAUGAAGCUUAUUUUAAAAGCUGGUAUCAGAAGCUGUUGGCUGCUCUCGAAUUCUGUGCAGGAAAAGCCUUGAGUGAUGAGUUUUCGAAGGAGAUGAAACUUAUCAAAAUUCUGGGAGACAUUGGGGAAAAAGUCAAAUCUGCCAGUGACCCUCAAAGACAGGAAGUAUUGAAGAAAGAGAUUGGAAGACUAGAAGAAUUCUUUCAGUAUGUAAAUACCUGUCACCUCCCUCUGAACCCUGCUCUAUGUAUAAAGGGGAUUGAUCAUGAUGCAUGUUCAUAUUUCACAUCUAAUGCUUUGCCAUUGAAGAUUACUUUCAUCAAUGCUAAUCCAAUGGGCAAAAACAUCAGCAUCAUUUUUAAAGCCGGAGAUGAUCUUCGUCAGGAUAUGCUUGUUCUGCAGAUUAUUCAAGUGAUGGACAAUAUUUGGCUGCAGGAGGGCCUGGAUAUGCAAAUGAUCAUUUAUAGAUGUCUAUCCACAGGAAAAGGCCAAGGAUUGGUGCAGAUGGUGCCUGAUGCUGUAACCCUAGCAAAGAUCCAUCGCCAUUCUGGACUGAUAGGGCCGCUGAAAGAAAAUACAAUCAAAAAGUGGUUCAGCCAGCACAACCACUUAAAGGCGGAUUACGAAAAGGCCUUGAAGAACUUUUUCUAUUCCUGUGCUGGAUGGUGUGUGGUAACAUUCGUCCUGGGAGUCUGUGACCGGCACAACGACAAUAUCAUGCUGACAAAAUCAGGCCACAUGUUUCAUAUUGACUUUGGAAAAUUCUUAGGUCAUGCGCAAACAUUUGGAGGGAUAAAAAGGGAUCGAGCUCCUUUUAUUUUUACUUCAGAGAUGGAAUAUUUUAUUACAGAGGGUGGGAAAAACCCACAGCAUUUCCAAGAUUUUGUGGAGCUCUGCUGUCGAGCUUAUAAUAUUGUCAGAAGGCACAGCCAACUACUGUUGAACCUGCUAGAAAUGAUGAUACCUGCAGGAUUGCCAGAGCUCAGUGGUAUCCAAGACCUGAAAUACGUGUACAAUACUCUUCGUCCACAAGACACAGACCUGGAAGCUACAAGUCAUUUUACCAAGAAAAUAAAGGAAAGUCUGGAGUGUUUCCCUGUUAAAUUGAAUAACUUGAUCCACACACUUGCACAAAUGACAGCCAUAAGCCCUGCCAAACCUACUUCACAAACAUUUUCCCAGGAAUCCUGUGUGGUGAGCACAAGGUCAAUUCAAAGAGCAACAAUUUUAGGGUACAGCAAGAAAACUAAUAAUCUGUAUCUAAUCCAGGUGAUGUGCAGUAACAACGAAACAAGCCUGACAGAAAAAUCAUUUGAUCAGUUUUCAAAACUUCACAGCCAACUUCAGAAGCAGUUUGCAUCCCUGACUCUCCCAGAGUUUCCUCAUUGGUGGCACUUACCUUUUACGAAUUCAGAUCACAAAAGAUUCAGAGAUCUAAAUCAUUACAUGGAACAGAUAUUAAAUGGACCGUAUGAAGUUGCAAAUAGUGAUUGCACACUUAGUUUCUUCCUCUCUGAGCCUGUGCAACAAACAAUUGAAGAAUCAUCACCUUUGGACGUAGGUGAGAAGUUUCCUGACAAGAUGCCUAAGGUGCAGUUAGUCAUAUCAUAUGAAGAUGCGAAGCUGACCAUACUAGUGAAACACAUGAAAAACAUUCAUCUCCCAGAUGGCUCUGCGCCCAGUGCACAUGUUGAAUUUUAUCUUUUACCAUAUCCCAGUGAAGUCCGUAGGAGGAAAACAAAAUCUGUUCCAAAAUGUACUGACCCCACUUACAAUGAAAUUGUGGUAUAUGAUGAAGUUACAGACCUCCAAGGACAUGUCUUAAUGCUAACUGUGAAGAGCAAAACCGUAUUUGUGGGAGCAAUUAACAUCCAACUUUGUAGUGUCCCACUCAAUGAAGAAAAAUGGUACCUACUAGGAAACAGUAUAAUUUGACCAUUACAAUGCACAUAUGCAUUAUUCAUUAACUACUUGUAUUUUUUCCACUGCUGGGUCUCUCUAUCACAUGAGCAGGACAUUUUUGUUGUCAAAGAUAGUGUAGUUUACUAAGGACACAAGAAAAAGAAAACAGAAUCACUCUUUUAUAGCUAUUUAUUCUCUACCUGUGUUUCACUGUUUUCUUAGAAUCCUUUUUCCUCAAAUAGAAUGCUGAUCGAUUGUGUAAAAUUCAACAUGUAACAAUAAUAA